AUGAUCACGAGAAAGCGAAAAUCCGUUGCCCAGAAGAAAGAUACAACGAUCGAUAAGGCUCCGAGAAUUGAAGAUGUUUAUGAGAAUGUUGGAGACGUAGAUCAACGAGCUGAUAUCCAAUACCCCGAAACAAACGAGAACCAGAGUACAAUGAAGAACAACGAGAUGUUCAAGGAUUAA